UAUGCACCUCACCACUGUAUAGUUUAUACCCUUAAUUCGCUAAUAUAAAGUAUAUUGUGUAUUUGCAUUUUGGAGCUUUUGGAGAGUGCCAAGUUAUGUAUUUUUGUGAACAUAAAUUUAAGUACUUUGUUGACUGAUUGAUACUUUUCAACACUCAAUCGGUGCUUCCAACAUUUUAGAAAAAAGGAUUGUCUUAUUGUUUACUUCAGCUGUUUAUAAAGCAAACGUCCAGUCAAGAUUGAGUAAUUUUACCUGCUUACCCAAAAAACAUGUCCAAGUCAACUCUUCUAGAUAAAAUAAAGAAUCCUGAUGUGCCAGGUUUUGAAGAAGUAUUGCCACCGCCACCGCCACCGCCACCUCCUCCAAUCAUUUCUGAAAAUGCUCCAGAGGUUGUGGAUAAUAAUAGUAGCAAUCCUCCUUUCCCAAAUGUACCACCGGCAUCUUAUUAUAUGACAGCUCAAGCACACAUUCAAGCCACAGCAAAUCAACCAUGGUGGUUACCGACUGAAGUAGAUACUUCUGAAGUUUACACCCAGUGGUAUGAAUCUGCUUAUAAAGCAGCACUGCAAUCUGCACAAGAAAAAGAUUGUAUUGGUAAAAACAAAGUCAAAUAUUACAAGAGAAAAGCAGAAGUCAUUGACCCAAAAGUUGAUGCAGAAAAAGUUGCAAAUGCUCAAAAGGAAUUGUCAGUAUUAAUGAAACCACUCAAAUGUGAUUUAUGCAAUGCAGUGAUGAAUUCUACACUGCAGGCAAGGUUGCAUUACCAAGGAAAACCACACCAAAAAAAGGUUUCCAUGUUUCUCAACCAAAGUGCUAAAAAAGCAAAAACAGAAGAUGGCCAAGUAUCGAGCACAACUAGCAGCGAUUGGAAUACUUAUUGUGAAAUCUGUAAAAUUUGGUUUACAUCUCAAACUGAUGCAAGCCAGCAUUAUGCUGGCAAAAAACAUUUAAAAGCAGCUUUUGGAACUAAAGUAAAAUCUCCUAAAAAGACUCAACCUAAAGUGCAAAUCGAUCCAACUGGAAGGUAUGGAAUUGGUAUGGCUUUUCAGCCGGAAAUUGUAGUAGCUCAACCACCAUUACCUCCUGAAAAUCCUCCUAUAAUGGUUCCAGCCAUACCUGCAGUAGCACCUCUUCCGCCUGUUCCGCAGUAUUCACAACCAGCUGUCCCCUUCCCUGCUCCACUUCGUUGUGAUCUUUGUGGAAUAUCUGCUAACCGUCAAGACCAAUUGGACACUCACAAGAGAGGGACAAAACAUAUGAAAAUGUUGAAACUCCAUGGUCUUCCCGUGACAGGUACAGAAACAACACCAGCUGUCAAGACAAUAGAUUACUCAAUUUACAGAACGCCAUCAGGACAAUACUACUGCGCUCCGUGCAAUAUUUCCUUGAAUUCCGAAAUAUCGUUCGGCCAACACAUGGAGAGCAAAAAGCACAAGAAUCAAGUGAAUCCAAAGCAGCCGGCACCGUCGUCCCCAGUGGCCAAGAAGGCGAAGAAGAAGUAAAUACUAGUUGUCUAGGUGCAGAGAAAUUAAGAGAAAGAUCAAAUGUAACACGUAUUAUAACGAAACUGUCGCGCGUUAUUGGAAAAUAACGUCAUAAUCUUUGUAUACAUAUAGCCUAUAGGUGGUAUCGAUCCCGAUGCGAUUAUUAAAUCGAAUAUAAGCCGCAAGCCCCUGAAUUUAGCGUCGGCUAUCACGUGAAGAUUGCGCGCAAUUUAUCUAUAAUACGACUCGCUAACGAGAUAAACUGAUCGAACGCUCGCUUGAUGAAAAUAUAAAUAUAUUAGUCGAAGCUUA